UUCGCUCAUUCUCCUUCGCCGUUUGUCUGCGAUAAGGAGGAGGAGUAGAGGAGGAAGAAGAGGAGAAGGGGUGGAAGGAGGGGGGAGCUAAGAGACCCCGUCGCGUUUUGACCCUCGGAAACCUACACACCACCACCACCACCACCAUCACUCCUCCUCCUCCUCCUCCUCCUCCUCUUUCUCUCCUCUGGAUUCAGAAAACACCAUCGCUCAUUCGCAGCCGUGAUAUUUUGCCAGUCUGUGUCCGUGCGCUGCGCGGACAGCGAGCGCGAGGAGCCAAAAAGGAAGAGGACGCUAUUCUUUCUCUGUCCUCCACACACGCACACGCGCGCACACGCACACACACACACCCACACACCCAGCAUCCAGAGGCUGUGCGAGCCGGAGAGAGGGGCGCACCAGUCCAAGAAGGCGCCGCUGCUGCUGCCGUGCUCCUCCUCCUCCUCCUCCUCCUCCGCGGAGCUGCUGGAUACACCGGACCGGAUAAGACCCGACCCGGCCCGGACAGGACUGGAGUGGAUACGGCACAUAUUUCCGUCUCGGUGGGACAUUUCAGAGCGUUUACCAGAGCAUGGAGAUGAUGAGUGCGAGGACAGAGGAGAGACUGUAGCCCAGCUCAGCAUCAUCAUCUCCGGGUUAGGACUGGCUGUCGAGCCGCAUGGAGAAGAGGUAUGAAGAGCUGGUGCACUACUCUGGGUCAGAGGUCAUGUCGGUGGGGGGGUACGGAGACGACGUCAGGCCGCUUCCUCACCCACAGUACGGACCCACCAUCCCAGACUCACUCAAACACCACAAAGACCAGAUCUAUGGACACCCACUGUUUCCACUGCUGGCCUUAGUGUUUGAGAAGUGCGAGCUGGCCACCUGCUCCCCUCGAGACCCCACCUCCCUCUCUGCCACCUCCCACCUCCCAGGCAUGACCAACCACAGUGACGUUUGCUCCUCUGACUCCUUCAACGAUGACAUCGCUGCUUUUGCUAAGCAGAUCCGUUCAGAAAAGCCCAUAUUCUCCUCCAACCCAGAGCUGGACAACUUGAUGAUCCAGGCCAUACAGGUCCUUCGUUUUCAUCUGCUGGAGUUAGAGAAGGUCCAUGACCUGUGUGAUAACUUCUGCCAUCGCUACAUCACCUGUCUGAAGGGCAAAAUGCCCACAGACCUGGUGCUCGAUGAGCGGGAAGGCGGCUCCAAGUCUGACAUGGAGGACUUCACUGGAUCCUGCACCAGUCUGUCAGACCAGAACAUGUCAUGGCUCAGGGAGCCUGAUGACUGUGCAUCUACUGCUCUUGGAACACCAGGCACCUGUGGCCUGCCCUCACAUAGCACAGCGGACAACUGUAGUGACACUGGUGAUGGUCUGGAUGGAGGAGUGGCCUCCCCCAGCACAGGAGAGGAUGAUGAUUCUGACAGAGACAGGAGGAACAGCAAGAAGAGAGGGAUCUUCCCAAAAGUGGCCACAAACAUCAUGAGAGCGUGGCUCUUCCAGCACCUGUCGCACCCAUACCCUUCUGAGGAGCAGAAGAAGCAGCUGUCACUGGACACGGGACUGACCAUCUUGCAGGUCAACAACUGGUUCAUAAAUGCCAGGAGGAGAAUAGUCCAGCCAAUGAUUGACCAGACAAAUCGCUCAGGUCAGGGGGGCCCCUACAGUCCAGAGGGAGCGGCCCUCGGGGGCUACGGGCUCGAGGGACAGGCCCACCUCGGUCUGAGAACAGCAGGUCUGCAGGCCAUGUCUUCUCUGCAGGGUGACUACUCCAGUGCUCUCCUGUCCCAGCCCGGCUACCCUCCUCACCCAGGACCCUCCCUUCACCCUUACCCAGGCGCCCACCCUCACCCCGCCAUGCUGCUCCACCCACCGCCACAUGCACACCCUGCUGAGCCGCUGCUCGCGCAGGCUCUGGACAUACAUGCACACUAGCUGUAGGGGUUGUGUGUGUGUGUGUGUGUGUGUGUGUAUAAUGUAUAAUGUAUAAUGACACACCCACACACACACACACACACACACUAUUUAAAAAAACAACCAUUGCUCCAAAGUUUACAUUCCUGACUGCGAGACUCUGACCUCAAACACACACGUGCACGCGUCGAGUCUGGACCCACAGGUUUAAGCCAUACCUCUGCCAGAGUAAAAGUGCUUCCUUCCUCUUUGUCAUGUGGGUGAGACCAAUGCUUUUAACUCCAUUUCCCAUCAUGCCUGCUGAAACCACAGGAGGAGAGGACGGGACGAGGAUUUGCCCUCAGACAACAGCACAUGACUGACGUGACUGAGCGGCUCUCUGAUCCUUCCUCACUCACACAAACACACACCACUUGUUUUUUUUUCUUAUUCUAUUUUUAUAUUUAUGUGUGUGUGUGUCUCGGCACAUUCAUAAUAGCUUGUUGAAAACGUGUUUUUUUUUCUCAGCAUGAAGCUAAACACGAUGAAUGUCACACACACACACACACACACACACAUGCAACAUACCAUUUACACACACACUGAGAGCCAUUUACACACACACAAACACACAAAAGAUUCUGUAAGCAUUUCUAAUGUGUGUGUGUGUGUGUGUGUGUGUGUGUGUGAGGGGAGCUGCAACCAAAGGCCUCUUUAAACACUGAGCCCCUCCCACUCUGCCUGCACCACUGAAACAUUUCUGAAUGAUGAUCGUUAAAGUAUUAAAAUGUGUUUUUCUAA